GAAACAUUGCAGGCCCAAUAUGCAUGUAGUUUGUAUAAACGUACUCUUUACUCUUUAGUCUUUACUAGUGCUACUGUGCUGGAAUUGUAAAAUCCUCGUCAAUUCCUUGCAGGUCUUUUCCCCAUGUCUGCUUGAUUGCGGCGUAGUUGGUAACUUCUAAAAGGGAGUGAAAUGGCUCUAGGGCUAAUUUUAGGGAUUGGACGUGCAUUCAGAAGAAAGCGUGCCUCUUCCCUUGACAUUCUUACUUCUAAACGAGGUCCACGGGAUUACUACAAGGGAAAGAACUGCAAACCUACUGGUUUCCACACUCGAAAAGGAGGAUAUGUGGUGGUGCAAGAAAAGUUGCCAAAUUAUGUCGUCCCAGAUUUGACCGACUUUAAGUUGAAGCCAUAUGUAUCACAGUGCGCAGUGCAAGGCCAAACCAGUGGAGCAGCUGAUGCAGCUAAAUAAACAUGACCUCGAAUUUUAGUGGAGCAGAUGAUGAGUUAUUGUUCUUUUUCUUGGCUACUUUUGGAUUCCUUUAAGUGUAAUGUUGCAAAUCGUUCAAACAAAAAAGCUGUGAAAUCUAUAUACUUCUUAAACGGGUUAAUACUCUAUUUCAUCA